GUACCGAGCAUUUAGAAAGUUACCACUUCCGGAUCCCCGCGCCCUCUCUCAGAAGGACAAUCACAAUCAAACGUCCUCGAGCGUUAUUAUCCUGUGACGGGUACCCGACAUCAUCGGCGGAAACUUCUCGAAGAAGAAGCUCGACAAGCGAGAGAUAAUCAGCGAGAACAAAAGAAUACGUCCGAGUUCCCAAGUCUGUACUACGGAAUUUUAACUUUACCUAAGCUCCUGCGAGAAGUUGGGAAAGUAGAACAGAAAGUGAACGUACCUCUAGUCGUCGUCAUCGCCGUUACUGAAACAGUAAAUUGCCAUAGGAAUUAGCCGUUAGUCGAGGAAGAGUCCAACUACUUCCUAGGACAACUAAACACACAAAUACAAACACGCAUUACUUGGAAUUAUCUACAUCGACGAAUCUUGUGAUACACUUAGCAGCGUUUCGCGCAAAUGGUGGUUCGGAAAUAGAAAAACCGGAAGAUUUAAACAAAAAAAAUAAAAGAAUCUAGUGCGUUCUAGCAGCCAAUUUAUGAAAUAGGUGUAGAGAGAAGUUUUACUAUUUUUAAAACGAAAGCUCCGGUAGCACAGAAUAACAACAAAUAAAAAAAACCGCGAGAGUUCCUAUCAGAAGUCUCCUCCGAGUCGCUCGGAGUAAGUCAACGCAUAAAUAAAAUAAAACUAGAUCAAAACAAAUAAAAAAAACAAGAAGAACACAAACAGCAACUGAAUCACACAAAACAAACCCUCUGUAGGACACAGACAAGCAAACAAACAAACAAAGAAACAACAACAAAAACUCCUUUGAACCAAGUAGCGUAUGGCCGCCAUGAUGAAUGUGACCAAUCUGCUAAACGGAAAGGACAGCCGCUGGCUGCAGCUGGAAGUGUGCCGGGAGUUCCAACGCAACAAGUGCUCCCGUCCGGACACCGAGUGCAAGUUUGCCCAUCCGCCGGCCAACGUGGAGGUGCAGAAUGGACGCGUCACCGCCUGCUACGACAGUAUUAAGCGGUAUCCAGGAGACAUAUCGGGAAAAAUGCUGAUGGGUCACCUGGCUAGCCAGAUUUUGGCAGGAGAACAAAUCGCUGCCGCUUCCACACGUCUGGGAAAACCCUAUCAUCCACGUACUGUUGCAGUGAUGACCGAAACAUUUCAGGAUGUUCCAUCAGCGCGGCCUUCACUGCUACUUUAG